UUAAUAAUGGCAUGUGGUAUCACUGAAAUGUGAUACCACUUGCUAAACGUCACCACGGAAAAGAAUAAGAAAGACCCAAAGCGACCCAAACGUAAAAGAAUCUCCGACAUGAGGAUCGACGUACGUGGUGUAAAGUUGGCCUCUGCUCUCCGCAGCGGAGUUAAAGCAGCGAUGUAUGAAAGUAGCUGCUCAUAUGGGGGAGGUCUUGAACUCAAACGGAGCGCACUAAAAGAAGACCCAUGGCCUACAGCAGAAUGGCCACCUUACUGUUUACCUCAAUCAACGUUCGAGCAACUGAAACAGAGUGUGGAAAAAGCCAAGGCGGCUUUACAAGACAGAUCAGGUCUUUUGGGUACAGCGACGGCGUUCGGUGACUUUUAUGGAGGGCAACUGGGCCAAGACACAACCGGCACGAAUCUAGGUUUCAUACGGGCGCGGAAAGAUGAUUCCAUGAUUGGAUCUAUGGACAAAAUUAAAGGAUUAGGAACAGAAAAACUAUCAAGUGGCUUGGCGAAAGGAUAUUCAACGUCUUCAACGUUGUCCGACACACUGAGGUCAACGAAAUGUGCAGUUCCAGAUGCUUCAUAUAAGUCAACGGCAUCCUGGUCGUCGCCCAGUUCGUCUGGCCCAAGUACCUCAGGCUAUGGCGGGAACAAUUUAUCAGUGAUGCCGAAGUCAUCUUUAGAAGCUCACACACACUUACGCCAACCAGACCCAUACCAGAUGUUCGGACCGACCAGCAGUCGUCUUGCAAAUUCUGGAUCAGGACAGAUACAACUGUGGCAGUUCUUACUUGAGUUGCUGAGUGACUCUAGUAACGCCGGCUGCAUCACCUGGGAGGGUACCAAUGGGGAGUUCAAACUCACUGACCCUGACGAAGUGGCGCGACGUUGGGGCGAGAGGAAAUCUAAGCCGAACAUGAAUUAUGACAAACUCAGCAGAGCUCUGAGAUACUACUACGACAAAAAUAUAAUGACGAAGGUGCACGGAAAAAGAUACGCGUACAAAUUCGACUUUCAAGGGUUGGCUGCAGCCACGCAGCCUGCGGCCAGUGACCCAGCAUAUAAGUAUCAGAGUGACCUCUUUAUGAGCUCAUACCACCAUUCGGCCAAACUCUCAUCAUUCAUGGCCCCACACGCAGCAAUGCCGACGUCAACAGCAUCAAUAUUCCCGUCACCGUCAUGGAGUAAUUGGGGAGGCGGUGGAGGCAACCUCUACUCCCCCCAUUCUAUGGCUCCUCCCCACGUGACAUCACACUUGGGCUCCUAUCCGCACUACGCAUGACCAACCUACAGAACGUCGGAAUAUCCACAUUGAAGGA